AUUAACUAAGCUUUUCCAAAUAACGUUUCUCCUUCGGUUGGUCAUCCAAAUAAUACCAGAGAGAGAGUAGUAGUAGUAACAGAAGUAGCUCCUCCCCUUAGCUUCCUCACCUCUCAAACUAAAGGCCGGUUCUCAUCAGAUUGUGAAGCAAUGGCGGCAGCUGGAUCCCACGGAAUAGUUGGUGAAGCACUCACACGAGAUAACUACGAAAACUGGAGUGUUCUGAUGAGGAACUAUCUCAUGGGAAGAGGUCUAUGGGACGUUGUGGAAAGUAAACCUGUUGCAGAGGAAGGCAGAUCAAGAAUAUGGAAGAAGAAAAAUGCAAAUGCGUUGCACAUCAUUCAACUCUCAUGUACUUCAGAUACCGUUGCUCAGAUUAGACGCUUUCGAACCGCCAAAGAAGCCUGGAACCACUUGACUGCGUCUUUUGGGUCCAACUCACAAGCCGACAUAGAUAUUGAACAAGGUGGUGUAAUGGAUGAUCCUGAAUAUCGCGAGUUGUUCAUGAGUGUGGAACAGAAUAAUUGGAGUGUAGUAAAGGCAAUCCUGAACCGGGACGUCAUGGCUAUAUAUUAUUCUACUUCCCACUCUGGUAGGACAGUGCUCCACACGGCGGCAAUCUUGGGGCACCAGGACAUGGUAAAGCAAUUGGUAGCCGAAGGCGGAGAAAGAUUACUUACAAUGCAAGACAACCGCGGUUACACGGCUCUCGCCCUUGUUGCUGAUCUUACCGGCAACAAAAGCAUAGCAAAGUGCUUGGUAGAAGAAAGUAGUGUUGGUGGUUACGCACAGGUGCUGCUUAUGAUGGAGACCAAAGACGGCGAGAUACCUGUUCUUCUUGCUGCCGCUAUGGGUCACAAGAAAAUGACUCCCUACCUCUAUUACCAAACACCCAGGGAUAUGUUCGACAAUGCCGACAAUGCACUUUUGCUCCUUUCACGAUGUAUCAGCGCUGAAAUAUUUGAUGUUGCUUUGCAAGUACUACAAGAUCAUGGGGAUAGGCUACCCCUUACUCAUGAAUCAGAGUGUCUCCGACCCUUAAAGGCAUUGGUUCACAUGCCUUCUGCAUUCCCCAGUGGCACUAGAUUUGGGACGAUUCUACAUUGGAUCUGUUACGAUUUUUUGGAAGUACACGACAAGAUCGUAUCAAGUGUUUCCCUGAAUACAGAACCAUCUACGAGAACUUUAGCAGGUCGACUAUGGAAAUCUGUGCAUCGUUUUAUUUUGAGAACUCCUUCAGGCCAAAAUUUGGAUCGACUACUGCUUGCACCCGUUCACUUAUUCAUUCAAAAUUCUCUACUAAAAUUUCCAGGAAUAAAAUAUAUAUAUAUAAAGAAAAAGACCCACCGUAGGGUUUAUCAAAUUCUGAGUUGCUUGGGGGAAAAAGUUACUUGCCUUGAUGUAUCGGAGCUUCGAAAUGCUUCUGCAUAUGAUGCAAUGUUGCAGGCAGCGAAGUAUGGAACCAUUGAGUUCAUAGAGUUUAUGCAAAAAGCUAAUCCAGACCUCAUAUGGGCCAUUGAUAGAAACAAGAGAGGCAUAUUCCCGCAUGCGAUUUUGAAUCGCAAAAAAAACGUGUUUGACCUCAUACACGAUGUUCACGGACGCAAGGAGAUAGUUCUUUCUCGCACCGACGUGUUUGGCAAUAACCUUCUACAUCUAGCAGCACAGUUAGGGCCUUCCUCUGCUCUUGCUCAUAGAUGUGGUGCAGCUCUCCAAAUGCAAAGCGAAAUUCAAUGGUUUAAGGCCGUGGAGGAAAUUGUGCAUCCCAAGUGUAAGGAGGCGAAGAACAAAGAUGGGAAAAAGCCUCAUGAAAUAUUUACGGAACAACACAAGGAGCUGGCGAAAGAAGGGGAGAAGUGGGCGAAAGACACAGCUAGUGCUCUCUCCGUUGUUGGUACUCUUAUCACUACAAUCCUCUUUGCCGCGGCCUUCACUCUCCCUGGUGGAAACAACCAGAGCAACGGGGAACCCAUGUUACUGCAUGACAUGGCACUUACCGUCUUCAUCGUAGCAGAUGCAAUAUCAAUCGUUGCUUCUUCGACUUCAGUCUUGAUCUUCAUUGGGAUCCACACGUCGCGUUAUGCGGAAACAGAUUUCUUGAAAGCGUGGACAUAUAAACUGCUAGUUGCCCUGGUGACUCUGUUUUUAUCAGUGGUCUGCAUGAUGGUUACGUUUUGUGCAGCACUUUUUGCUAUGUUCAAAGGAAAAGCGUAUCAACCGCUGCUGAUAGUUGCCAUAGUACUUGCAAGUAUCCCUAUUAUUGCAUUUAUCCCAUCGCAGCUGCGCUUCUCCCGUGAGAUUUUCUAUUCUACCACCAGGUCUAAUCUCUAAUGUGUGCAAUCCAAUUAAGAAAGGAAACGCUAAGCAUUGAGCACCUAAUUCACAACUUUAUAACUUGAUAACUUUUCAUGUGUAUUUUUAUUCACUCCAAAUUCUUUUUCGUAUAUUUUUAUCUAUUUACUCUUUUAUCUAAAAAGAACUGUAUGUUGAAUAGGGGUGUGCAUGGUUUGACUUGAUCCGAAGACCCGACCCGGUCCCAAACAUUUUAGGGACUAAUUUGGUGUGAUUUUAUCGAGUUUAGGGGUCGGGUAAGAGUCUUAAAA